GAGAUCCAGUGUGAGCAGGGGCGGUGCUCACGCCAACAUGACACGCACUGCUUUUUUUUUUUUUGGUCCACACCCAUGUGAUGCAUUAAAGAUGCAAAGUCCUUCCAACUUGAAGCUUUCACCACAAGACGUUUGCAACAUUUAGUCUCCGUCCCGGUCCCGGUCCCGAUCCCGGGUGCUGCUUAAUGGCCGUUAAUUAAGCAUUAAUCCUCCACCCCGGAUGCCAUUGUUGCGGCGCACUGUUCUUUUUCAAUGCAAAUGCGUGAGAGGGGCAGCGAGGUUCUUAUUAAACUGAUGCGUCCUCCUGUCAGUCCUGCUGGGACCACAAGAGACUGAAAAGACAACUGGAAGGAGCAAAUCUGACGUCUUUCGGGUUUUUUGCAGCGAAAACAAAACAAAUGUCACGUUCAGGAGCUCUGGAGACCAUGAUGUCCUGCGGUAGAACCGGACCCUCCGCGGCCGCCAAGACGCUCGCCUUCUCCAUAGACCGGAUCAUGUCCAAAAGCUCCGAGAGCGGCGCGGAGGAGCGUUCGGAGGGCAAGAAGCUUCUCGGGUUCUGCUCCCCGAUUCCCUGCAUGAUCCCUCUGCAGCCCUUCGGCUACGACUUCCAGGCCAAGGCCCUGAUGAACUACUCGGAGCUGUGGAGGUCCAGUCUAAGGGGGGGCGCGCCGUGCAAGGCGAACUGCUGCGUGUGCGCAAAAGCGGACUCCGGGCUCAAGCAGCCCGUCUUGGCGGCCGGGAGUCGGCUGGUGAAGCCGCAGGUGAUCCACCAGGCUCUGGCGGUGCCGAGCGGUUCUUUCUACUAUCUCAACUACCUGGACCCCGCUUUCCCGCAGUCGGACUUGCUGGCGGGGCACUGGUUGUCCGGACAGCAGACUCAGGCGUCCAUCACAGCCCAGCACAGACUUUUACUCCUGGACAACGGCAAGGUGCCCACCGGGUUGGGGGGCGACAAGGUGCCCACGCCUCAGUACCCGCACAAGGAGCAUCUUCCGGGGCAGCUGGACCAGAUAGUGAAGGACAAUCACGUCGAGAAGAACUCCUUCAAGACGCACAACAAACUUUGCGGCAACGGCGGCGCUGGAGAAGGAAAGCCCAAAAACUUCACAUGUGAAGUUUGUGGAAAGGUUUUUAAUGCGCACUACAAUCUGACCAGACACAUGCCGGUGCACACCGGAGCACGGCCCUUCGUGUGCAAAGUGUGCGGCAAAGGCUUCCGACAGGCCAGCACUUUGUGCAGACACAAGAUCAUCCACACACAGGAAAAGCCUCACAAAUGCAACCAGUGUGGAAAAGCCUUCAACAGAAGCUCGACCCUCAACACGCACGUCCGCAUCCACGCAGGAUACAAACCUUUUGUCUGUGAAUUCUGUGGGAAAGGAUUUCACCAGAAAGGCAACUACAAGAACCACAAGUUGACCCACAGCGGCGAGAAGCAGUACAAGUGCUCCAUCUGCAACAAGGCCUUCCAUCAGAUCUACAACUUGACCUUCCACAUGCACACGCACAACGACAAGAAGCCCUUCACCUGCGCCACGUGCGGGAAAGGCUUCUGCCGCAACUUUGACCUGAAGAAGCACAUCCGGAAACUGCACGACAACAGCUUCUCCUCCGCCGCCAGCAGAGCCGAGACGUGCUGAAGACCUUGUCGGUCUCCUUGAAAGGUAAAACCGCCCGCGUGCGGUGAGUGUAACACGGCCGGAGGAAUGAUUGACAUGUAUAUAAUGAAAAGAAAUGUUAUUUAAGAUGCCAGCCGUUUCAUUGCUUUUCAUGUCCACGCAUAAGUUAUAACUUAUAAAAAUGAUGAUGAUGAAUGUUGGAGCCACAUUGUUUCUAUAUUCAAAAUGCUUGAAAA